UUUCUUACUGUGUACUUUCCACCACCUUUUUCCCAGCUGAUCAUAAUUGUACCAGUUCGGGAUAAAUCACGUUAAUUCCCGUCUCUCACCGGGGCCACGGUGCACUCUGGGUGAAAACAAGAUGCAGGCAGGAGCGCGCUCGUGGAAAACGCACGCAACACGCGGGGAGAGUACGCGGAACAGCCAAUCAGAUCGUCAAUGCAGUGCAGCCGGCGUGGUAUGUAAGUAACCGGUAAACACAGAACCGCCGCACGGAACACGCACAACGGCGGUUGAGAAAGACACGUCCAGACAGAACUACGUUGUUCAACGCGUUUACUGAGCACAAGCAACAGCAGCAAGAGGUCACCAUGACUGACAGGAAGGCUGUCAUAAAGAAUGCUGACAUGUCAGAGGACAUGCAGCAGGAUGCUGUGGACUGUGCCACUCAGGCCACGGAGAAAUAUAACAUUGAGAAGGACAUGGCUGCUUACAUCAAGAAGGAGUUUGACAAGAAGUACAACCCCACGUGGCAUUGCAUUGUGGGUAGAAACUUUGGCAGCUACGUGACGCAUGAAACCAAACACUUCAUCUACUUCUACCUGGGCCAGGUGGCCAUCCUGCUCUUCAAGUCUGGUUGAACCCCUACACCUUAACCGCUACUCCCUAACCACCUGACGUCUACCUGGGCCAUCCUCCAGCUCUCUCUCUCCUCCCCUCUCCACUGACCGAGGCAGGCGCUACUCCCUAACCACCUGACGUCUACCUGGGCCAUCCUCCAGCUCUCUCCUCCCCUCUCCACUGACCGAGGCAGGCGCUACUCCUCACCUGGAUUGUGAUAUACUGAUAGUUGAGGCCACACACACAUUGACUUGAAGAGUUCUAGAUGAUUCUCCAUUGUGUCUGUGCGGUGCUGCAUGGGCCAUGUACAUGGUGUGCAUCUGUUGCAGUAGAAUAAACAUGAUGGUGUGCAUCCCAAAUGGCACCCUGUCCCUAUACACUAUUCCUUAUGUAGUGCACUACUUUUGACCAGGGCCCAUAGGGAAUAGGGGGUCCAUUUGGGACACACAUGAUGACUACAUGUGUAUAUGUUGCAGUAUGAGAAACAUGCUACUCAUGGAGUUGCUGAAGACUACAAAGAACAGAUUAUUAUGUUAAAAUGUGUUAUUUKUUUUUCUGUUGCUCAGCUGUAUAAAAUGCUUUGACUGUUGCUUCUGUGUMGUUCAUAAAGAUUGGUUGAACACUA